CGAAUCUAAACCACCAUAUGCUCCCACCUAUUAAACUCGGAUAAAAGAAAGUUAAAACCAAAAAAAUGAUCCCCUCACAAUGGUAGAUCCAUUUUGAUGCUCUCUUAUAAUUAUUAAUACCAUUACUAAAAAAAAAUUUCCUGAACUUGUCUUGUUUCGCUCAUGAUACAAACAGUGAGAUCAAAUCAUACCAACGUGGGGUUCACCAACCUAUUAUAUUUACACCCUCCAUAAUCAAAUCAAAUUAUUAAAUAAAAUAAAAAAAUUACAACUUACAACGGUCAAACCCCUCUAUCUCUUUCUCAACUCCUCCUAUACAAAGCGGUUACUCUUCAAAAAUAUCCCGCCUCUCUAUUAACUUCUUACCUCUCUCAACCCAAAAUUAAUAAAAAUAAAAUAAAAUUCCACGUCAGCCAUUUGCCAACUGUCUCUUGUUCUGUAACCUCCAAAAACUCUCCCCCCAUAUAUUCUCUCUCCUACACCCUCCAAACUUCCCACAUUACAACAUAACAUUUCUUCUUCUUCUUCCUCUGUUUUUUUCUCUGUUUUUCUUUUUCUCAUCCCAUCAAAAACAACAACAAAAAAAAAAAGAAUGAGGGAAAUCUUGCACAUUCAAGGAGGGCAAUGUGGGAAUCAAAUAGGAUCAAAGUUUUGGGAGGUGAUCUGUGAUGAACAUGGUGUAGAUAAAACUGGUAGAUUCAAUACAACAACAGAGGAAGGUUCUUCUGAUCUUCAGUUGGAACGUAUUAAUGUUUAUUUUAAUGAAGCUGCCGGGGGCCGAUACGUCCCCCGUGCUGUUCUUAUGGAUCUUGAACCAGGUACCAUGGACAGCAUUAGAUCUGGACCUCUUGGUCAAAUCUUUAGACCUGAUAACUUUGUUUUUGGUCAAUCUGGUGCUGGUAAUAAUUGGGCUAAAGGUCAUUACACUGAAGGUGCUGAACUUAUUGAUUCUGUUCUUGAUGUUGUUCGUAAGGAAGCUGAGAAUUGUGAUUGUCUUCAAGGUUUUCAGGUAUGUCAUUCCUUGGGAGGUGGUACAGGUUCUGGAAUGGGAACUCUAUUGAUAUCAAAGGUGAGAGAGGAGUACCCUGAUAGGAUGAUGCUUACCUUCUCUGUCUUCCCAUCUCCGAAAGUUUCGGACACCGUUGUUGAGCCUUACAAUGCCACUCUUUCUGUCCAUCAAUUGGUCGAAAAUGCUGAUGAAUGUAUGGUUUUGGACAAUGAGGCACUCUAUGAUAUUUGCUUCAGGACUUUGAAGCUCAGCAACCCAAGCUUUGGUGAUCUGAACCACUUGAUCUCGGCCACAAUGAGUGGAGUGACAUGUUGCCUCCGGUUCCCUGGUCAACUCAACUCUGACCUCAGGAAGCUUGCAGUGAACCUCAUUCCAUUCCCUCGGCUUCACUUCUUCAUGGUGGGUUUUGCCCCACUUACCUCUCGUGGUUCUCAGCAGUAUGUCUCCCUCACAGUCCCAGAGCUCACUCAGCAGAUGUGGGAUGCCAAGAACAUGAUGUGUGCUGCUGAUCCCCGACAUGGAAGGUACUUAACAGCCUCAGCCAUGUUCCGUGGUAAGAUGAGCACCAAAGAAGUAGAUGAGCAGAUGAUUAAUGUCCAGAACAAGAACUCGUCCUACUUUGUUGAGUGGAUCCCAAACAACGUGAAAUCCAGUGUGUGUGACAUCCCACCUACCGGUCUAAAGAUGGCUUCUACAUUCGUUGGUAACUCGACUUCCAUCCAAGAGAUGUUUAGGAGGGUGAGUGAGCAAUUUACUGCCAUGUUUAGGCGCAAGGCUUUCUUGCAUUGGUACACAGGGGAAGGAAUGGAUGAAAUGGAGUUCACUGAGGCUGAGAGUAACAUGAAUGAUCUUGUCGCGGAGUACCAACAAUAUCAGGAUGCAACUGCUGAUUAUGAGGAAGAUUAUGAUGAUACUGCUGAGGAGAAUUAUGAGGGCUAGAUCAUAUACUCUUGUUUUUUCCAUAUGCUUUUCUUCCAUGAUCUCUUGCAAUUGUUGAAGCUAUUACAAUUUGCAUUAUAUCAAUUUCUUGUCCUUAAUUUGUUUGUAUGUUUUAUAUUCUUGGAGUAACUCUUGUAUGAAGUGAAAUGAUAUUGAUUUUUUUCGACCA